AUGUUUCUCUGUCAAGUAAUAAUUCUUUUUUAUUCAAGUGAAUACACAACGUCAAGAUCAUCACCAUCAUCAUUACCACGUGUCGGACUAUACAAUGUAUUUGUUGAUGAAUUUGAACGCAUUGCUUUACCAUUAUUAACAAAUAUUCAAACACCAUGUAUUUGUUUUAUUGAUGAAAUAGGUAAAAUGGAAUUAUUAUCAAAGAAAUUCAAAGAUUUAAUUCAAACAUUAAUUGAACGUCGAAAUUUAAUUCUUAUUGCAACUGUACCUAUAAAACCUUUAGCAUUUGUUGAUAAAAUUCGUACACGAAAAGAUUGUCAUUUAAUUACAGUUACACGUGAUAAUCGUUCUGGUUCAACAUUACAAAAUGAAUUAAUGGCAUAUAUUGAAAAGUUGACAAAAACCAUUACAUAA